AUCUCUCAAAACACAAAAUAUUCACUAGAGAAGAACAAGAAUGGAGAAUCCAAAUUUCGAUACACUUCCUGAAGAUCUACAAAAGGAGAUUCUGUCACGGUUGCCUCUGCAAUCCUUGGCUGUAUGCAACUGCGUCUCAAAGCAAUGGAGAUCUUUAAUCCGCUCCAACGAAUUCAGAGCUCUUCACUGUAGCCGCCGAUCGAUGCUAGACGAUAAGGACCUAGUGAUAUUACUAUUCUUCGAUCCGCUUCGACCAAGAAAAAAAUGGAAGAAAAUGGAAGGUGGCGCUGAGGAUCUGAGUGUUGAGAUUGUUGGUCUAUUGGAAACGGCUUAUGAGAGGCGUGAGCCGAUGACCAAAAUCCGUAAACAGCUUGAAAGAAUGUCAGAGACUUUGGCCGAAGCUGUGCCUCACUCAAAAUAUGCGGAGGCCAUUGUGAAAGGAAUGCUUCUUGCUGUUCAAAGACGUGCAAACCUAAACGUGCUCCUUAGCAUCCAAGAAACCAUCAAUCAGGUUUUUGAUACAUAUGGUCCUAUCCUUAUUCAAUAUGCCACCAGCAAAACUACCCAAAUCCAAAUCAUAGAGUCUGUGGAGAAGAUAUGUCUUGAACCUCAGUCACCAUUUUUCCCCGUUUUUGGUGAUAUAAUCCAGACCUUGUCACGCCAUUGUGUAAACGUGGAAGCCAUUGUUGAUUGGGAAAAGCGUAGGAAAGAAGCAAGAGAGAGAGGAACUCUGUCUCCACAAGAGAUGAAUCUUCUGAGGAAUAUGGAAAAUACCCAAAGUGGUCCUACCGGUGGCAUCCUUGAAGGAUUUGAGAUUGGAAAAGGAAGCCAGGACGCUCGAGACAUGGGCCUCUAAGUCCAUUCACGACUCUAUCUAUCCCCUAUGAAUAUGAUCACCUAUACUUCUUUCUAUUUUAUCUAUUCACGACUCUCGGUUUGUUUGACUACAAUCAAACAAGGUAUAUAAGAAAAUAAGUUUGAUUGA